UGGUGAGUAUGCCGAGUCUACGCAUAUGGUCAAUCUUUGCCUCCCGACUGUCAGUUUGACAGCAUGUUCGAAUGCCCUAUACUAUGCUAGGAUGUUUGGUUUGACAGUGACAGUGACGUAUAAGUAUUUAAGUUUUCGUUUUAUUUUUCAUUUAUAGGCACAUUAAAUUAUUUUUCACAAAUAAAAUCAAAGUUUAAAGUUUAAACAAAUGGAAGUAAAACAAGAAGUUAGUGAUGAGACGUGUCCAGUAGAAAUAUAUUGUAAUGCUAUUGAUGAUGGUCCUUCGGAUAUUUGUAAAAUUGAAAUUAAGGAAGAAUCCCAAAAGGAACAUACACAGGAUACAUGUGAUUAUGUAACCUUAAAUGAACUUGCCAUCAAGACUGAAAUAAAACAAGAGCAACAUAAACUGUCGUCAUUUAAAGAAAGACAAACAAUUCCAAACGGCUUUCCCCCAGAGGAGAACACAUUGGAAAGUAUGAAAACAAUACCCGUACAUACAUUUAAUGAAGACCAACACAUGGGUCAAUCUGUUGAAGAAAAUACAUUCAAAUGUGAAGUUUGUGAUAAGAUGUUUACCCACAGAAGUUCAUUGAAUACACACAAGAAAAUUCACACUGUAGAAACGCCUUACAAGUGUGAAAUUUGUUUAAAGCAGUUUGCUAUCAAACGUUAUUUAAAAAAUCAUUUGAGAACGCACACUACAGAAACACCUCACCAGUGCGAUAUUUGUUUUAAGCAAUUUACACAAAACGCAAAUUUGAAAAAGCAUUUGAAAGUACACACUGGAGAAACGCCUUACACGUGCAAAAUUUGUUUAAAAAAGUUUGCUCGUAAACAACAAUUAAAUGAACACGCAAACAUUCACACUGGAGAAAAACCAUACAAGUGUGAAAUUUGUUCGAAACAGUUUGCUCGAAAAGAUUAUUUAAAUAGACACAUGUACGAUCACAGUGAAGAAAAACGAUAUAAGUGUGAAAUUUGUUUUAAGCAGUUUUCUAACGCAUAUAAUAUGAAACAACAUGUGAGAUUGCACACUGGAGAAAUGCCUUACAAGUGUGAAAUUUGUUCUAAGCAGUUUAACCGCAAAAGUACUUUGGAACAACACGUGAUACUGCACACUAGAGAAACGCCUUAUAAGUGUGAAAUUUGUUUUAAUCAGUUUAACCGAAUAAGUACUUUGAAUAGACAUUUGAGAGUGCACACUGGGGAAAAACCUUACCAGUGUGAAAUUUGUUUGAAGCAAUUCAGUGAAGCAGGCAGUUUGAAAAAGCAUUUAAGAGUGCACACUGGAGAAAAGCCUUACCAGUGUGAAGUUUGUUUAAAACAGUUUGCUCCUAAACGAAGUUUAAAUGAACACGCAAACAUUCAUACUGGAGAAAAACCAUACAAGUGUGAAAUUUGUUCUAAACAGUUUGCUCAUAAACAAAGUUUAAAUGAACACGCAAACAUUCACACUGGAGAAAAACAAUACAAGUGUGAAAUUUGUUUUAAGCAAUUUAGAAAAAGGACAAGCUUGAAAAUCCAUUUGAGAAUACACACUGGGGAAACGCCUUACAAGUGCGAAAUCUGUUUUAAACAGUUUUCUCGAAAAGCUUGUUUAAAUGAACACAUAUACAUUCAUACUGGAGAAGAUCCAUACAAGUGUGAAAUUUGUUUUAAGAAAUUUAGCCAAAAAAUUAGUUUGAAAAAACAUAUGACACUGCACACUGGGGAAAAACCUUACCAGUGUGAAAUUUGUUUGAAACAGUUUGCUCGAAAAGAUUAUUUAAAUGAACACAUGUACGAUCACAGUGAUGAAAAACGAUAUAAGUGUGAAAUCUGUUUUAAGCAGUUUUCUAAAGCAUCUAAUAUGAAACAACAUGUGAGAUUGCACACUGGAGAAACACCUUACAAGUGUGAAAUUUGUUCUAAGCAGUUUAGAUACAAAAGUUCUUUGAACAAACACAUGAGACUGCACACUAGAGAAACUCCUUAUAAGUGUGAAAUUUGUUUUAAUGAGUUUAACCAAAGAAGUAGUUUGAAAAGACAUAUGAGAGUGCACACUGGGGAAAAACCGUACCAUUGUGAAACUUGUUUUAAGCAAUUCAGUGAAUCAGGAACUUUGAAAAAGCAUUUGAGAGUACACACUGGAGAAAAGCCUUACAAGUGUGAAAUUUGUUCUAAGCAGUUUACUACAAUAGGUGAUUUGAAAAAGCAUUUGAGAGUACACACUGGAGAGAAGCCUUACAAUUGUGAUAUUUGUUUAAAAAAGUUUGCUCGUAAACGAAGUUUAAAUGAACACGCAAACAUUCAUACUGAAGAGCAACCAUACAAGUGUGAAUUUGAUAUAAGCAGUUCAUCCAAAAAGGAACUUUUAAAAAACAUGUAAGAAUUGAACAUUACCAGUGUUGUAUUUGUUUUGAGCAAUUGAAUGAGUGUUUGGAAAAAGGAUAAUUUUCAGUCAUGUAUUCCUACUUUAGACAACACUCCAUAUGUUACUUGCUAGCUUGACGGGUUGCGAAUUUACAAAAGCUAUACCAAUUAAGUCAUGGGGGCGACUGAAUUCGACUAGGUUUUGUAUACAAAAUAUUAGUUACAUAUUAUAUUCUAUUUCGGUCCAGAAAUUAACUGUAUUGGUGUAGGAUUUGUAAGCGAAAUUUUUGAUUAUUAUUGAGCAAAUGUCUAUACUGUUUCAGUCAUUUAAGUAAAACUAAUCAAGUAUUUACUUAAGUGGAUUUAUUAUUAUAUCAUAAAAUUUAGUUAUAUUUUGAAAAUUAAAAUGAUUAAUAUAUAUUUGGAUACGAUUAAAAAUUAAAAACCAAAAAAAUGAAUAACUACUAUUGUAGAGCCCUUUGAAAUUACAAAAUGAAAAUCGAUUUUUUUCCAAUAUAUCGAAAACUAUUAGAGAUUUUUUAUUGAAAAUGGACAUGUGGUAUUCUUAUGGCAGUAGUAUUUUAAGAAAAAAUGAUAAUGAAAUUUGGACACCCCAUAAAAUUUUUAUGGGGGUUUGGUUCCUUUAAACCCCCCCAAGCUUUUGUGUACGUUCCAAUUUAAUUAUUAUUGUAGCGCCAUUAGUUAAACACAAGUUUUUAAAAACUUUUUUGUCUCUUAGUACUUUUUCCAAAAGUCAGUUUUUAUCGAGAUAUUUGAAUAUUUAUCAAAUCCACCACAUAUUUGUAUAUGGUAAAGUACGAUUAUGGAGACUUGGUAAUAAUAUGAAAAUUUAUUUAUGAUUUACAUUUUUAAGUAUAUUUUGAACCAUAUUAAAAAAGAAGCCACAUCUCGAUAAAAGAUGAUAAAAUACAAAGAGGCAAAAAAGUUUUAAAAACACUGUUUAACUAAUUGUACCGCAGUAAUAGUUUAAUUGGAACGUACACAAGCAUUUGGGGGGUUUAAAGGAACAAAACCCUCAUAAAAAUUUUAUGUAAACAUAUUAAAAAAGGAGCCGUAACUCGAUAAAAACUGCCUUAUCGAAAAAAUACUAAGAGGCAAAAAAGUUUUAAAAAUAUUGAAUUUAACUAAUGGAACCACAAUAAUAAUUUAUUUGGAACGGACACAGAAGUUUGGGGAGGUUUAAGGGAACAAAACCCCCAUAAAAUUUUUAUGGGGUGCACAAAUUUCACUAUAAUUUUUCUUUAACAUGUUCUUUCCAUAAAAAUGCCACAUGUCCAUUUUCAACAAAAAAUCUCUAAUGGUUUUCGAUAUAUUCAAAAAAAUCGAUUUUCAUUUUGUAACUUCAAAGGGCUGUAACUUCUUUUGUGUGCAUAUUUGUACGAAGGUAAGUUAGGUUCAUUUGAACUAUUUGUGGUCCCAGAAUAUGUGGUUUAAUUUAUGACCUGUAUUUUUGUUACACCCUGUAUACAGUAUGUCCCUGUAAGUUAGAACCAUAACAAGGGAGAAAAGUGGUACUUUUCCUCCCGAGAAUGGUUUACGGCCCGACGCGUAGCGGAGGGCAGACGCGUCGGGCAGUAAUCAUUCAAGGGAGGAAAAGGCACUUUACUCCCAUGUUAUACAUAUGGUUUUUCCACCUUUCUCAAAUAACAAGUCAUUUUUACUUAAUUUAUUUAUGUAACUAACCAACAAAAUUUAUUAGAACUAAAACUAACAAGUAGGUACAAUAUAACUGUCAACUGUCAAAUAUAAGUCAAAUUAUUAAUGUAAACAUUGUUAAACCAAAAUAACAAUUUACUGUUUUUUACCAUUCUGCAAAAUACAGGGUGUUCUACAAAUCAACGUUAAAAUGUAUAGAUUCUUACGUAAUAGAAAAUAGAAUUUGUUCAGGGCGUUAAUAAGUUUAUUUCAUGAAUGAAAGUUCAUGACGUCACUUUUACUUUUUCUCCCUAGGGAGGAAAAAUAUUUUCCUCCCUAGGGAGGAAAAGUACAACUUUGCUCCCUACAAUCAGGUCCGGAAAAGAAUACUUUCGGUAGAGGUGGGUGGAAAACUUUUUUAUUAUUGAUUUUACGAAAAAAAAUUAUUCUUCGUAAAAAGUUCUGCAUGGUCUAAAACCUAAGAUGCAAUCAUCUGGUAUUAAGUUUUAUCAAUAGUAUAUGAGGGAUGUCAAAAAAUAUGAAUUUCUGUCAAAAGUAAAGUAUUCAAAAGUAAACAAUAUUUUUAAAAAGUAAAGUAUCUUUAUAUAUUUCACAAGAUUGAAAAUUGUUAUUACGAAAAAUUUUUUGGACUUAAAAAUAAUGUUCUAUAUGAAGUACAUUCUUCUAAUUUAAAUAUUUUCUCAAAUUAUCUCAAAUUAAUUUUCUCGAUAUUAUUAGUUUUACGAAAAAAAGAAGUUAUUCUUUAUAGAAAGUUUUGCAUUGUCUAGACUAGAAAGUAACAUACAGCCAUAGUUUCUCAAAUUUUAUUAAUCUUAUACGAGGUUUGUCAAAAAAUAUGAUUUUUGUUCGAGAGUAAAGUACCGUUAUAGUUCACAAUAUUUCAAUUAAUAAGAUGUAAUUGUAUACUCAUACAUGUUUCUUAAUUCUGAACCACUUUUUAUAAUGAAAGUUUUCAAUAUUGUGCAAAAUAAGGGUAAUUUACUCUUGAGCGAAAUUCAUAUUAUUUUUUGACAUACCCCGUAUAAAAUUGAUAAAAUGUGAAAUAUUAUGAUUGAAUCUUAUUUUGUAGAAGGUGCAAAACUUUUUAUAAAGAAUAACUUUUUUUGGUAAAAUUAAUAAUUUCGGAGUUUAAAUAAAAAUGAUAAUGGGUGUCAUCAAAAAAAAAAAUUUUUUUCAAUAAGAAUAAUGUAAUUGCGCAAUAGAACAAUUUUUUAUUCCAAACAACUUUCGAUAAUAACAAUUUUCAAUAUUGUGGAAUAUACACGUGCUUUACUCUUGAGAGAAAAUAAUAUUUUUUGACAUACCUCGUAUACUUUUAAUAAAAUUUGAUAUCUGAUGAUUGCAUCUUAAGUUUUCGACCAUGCAAAACUUUUUAUAAAGAACAACUUUUUCUCGUAAAAGUAAUAAUAAAAAAAGUUUUCCAUAUGGUUCCAAUUUACAGGGACAUACUGUAUAUACUCGUAUAUUAGUAGUUAUUCAUUUGUUUUUAAUUUCUAAUCAUUUUCAAAAAUAUAUUAUUCAUUUUAAUUUUCAAAACAUAUCUAAAAUUUAUGAUAAAAUAAUAAAUACACUUAAGUAAAUACUUGAUUAGUUUUACUUACAUGACUGAAACAGUAUAGACAUUUGCUCAAUAAUAAUCAAAAAUUUCACAAAUCCUACACCAAUACAGUUAAUUUCUGGACCGAAAUAGAAUAGAAUAUGUAACUAAUAUUCUGCAUACAAAACCUAGUCGAAUUCAGUCGCCCCCAUGACCGAAUUGGUAUAGCUUUUGUAAAUUCGCCGCCGGGUUGGUAGAGGCCAUGAUGUUAGAAACAUGGCAAUGGGUUUUUAGGUUAGGAGUUUCUAGAUCAAGCAUGGCCACAGAAUUACUAACUACACAGAAGCGAAUCUGACUGUCGUUUCCAAUGAUGUGAUAUUUUUGACAAAUAGUUAUUAAUCAAAUAUGAAAUAUAAAAUUUAACUAAUAACAACUGUCACUGUCAAUCGCAAAAGUGAGGUUGCACCACUUAAGCGCUGGUUUCCUCGAAAGCGGUGCCGACAACCUGCGAUCGUAACACCACGAUGAAUGACAUCAUAGAAAACUGUACCAUGCAAAAUAAUAGCGUUGGUUUCCAAGGAUGCCUUGGAAGCCACCGCUUGCUGAGCUUGCACAUUCCAUUGCCCAGUGAAGAAACUUGAAUUUUUCACCGUAAUCUGACGUAAUUCAUCGCAGUGCUACGGUCGCUGUUUGUCGGUGCCGCUUUCGAGGAAACCCAGGCUUUAUGUAGCCCAUGGGCAAGAAAAUUGUGUUAUCGUUUUCUGUCUCUUUCGCUUCUGUGUAGUUCGUAAUUCUGUGGCAUGGCAUUGUAUGUAGGAUCUACAAUAAACGUGUUACUUGAUUUUA